GCACCUGCAACCUUUCAGAUUCAUUCUACAGACACUUGUUGGAGAGCGACGACAACGUUAUUGUGAUUGGUGUUAAGUUGAAGAGAGAAGAUAGACGUGGGCUGGGAAGCCCGUGAUGGAGGGAGAAGGAGGGGGAGAGGAGGAUGGUCCGAAGCCUCGGAAGAGGGCUGGAUGGAAAUUAUUUUUCAUGGCGUCCUUUCUUUGCUCUGCUUGCAAGCCUGAGGUGGACGAGCAGGGGCCAGGGAAGGGCAAACCUGCUGCCACCAAGGGCUUCAAGAGAUGGAGAAACACGACCAAGGACCACUCAGUAAUCAAGACAGAAACCUCUCAGCAUAAUGGCAAAAAACCUGAAAAUCAGAAAAAGAAGACAAGGGCCCUGGUACAGUGGCUUAACGGCCUCUUUAGAGCCAAACCCGACAUGGACAGCAAAUGUGGUGUGCCCAUGAGCACAGAGGAGAGGGUAAUAUACAGGAAGGAAGCGCAGAGGAGGGAGAGAGUCUGCCUGGAGGCCUACCGGUGCCAGCAAGCGAAGGAGGAGGCCAGGCAGGAGACAAUCAGAAACAUCCAAAGGAGCCGCAGGGCGAAGGAGACGGCUCUGCAGAACCUCAGCUCCCUCCCUCCCAGACAGGAAGACCACACUCGGCCCCUGACAUCCAAGGAGGUCAUCAGCGAUGACUCGUGGACCAGGCGUAACAGGGAAAAGAACAGGAAAAAAUGGCACAAACUACUUUUUGGCAUGAUGAAGGCGCAAAUCCGGAAAGAUUUGGAAGAGGUCAAGCGAAGGGAGAUGGCGCUCAGGCGAAGGGAAACGCCAAGGCAAAUGGAGAAUGAUAUAGAAGAGGCCAAGCGAAGGGCAUGGGCAAGGGUCAACUCCCAAUACGGCCACGAGAAAGACCAGCUCAUUGAUCUGAAAAGCUGCAGAAACGAGCUCAUUCGUCUGAUCGUGGUUGUGGCCUUUUUCGCUUUGCCAAUUAUCUGGCUCUUUGGUGACUGAUGACUGCCAUCUUACAUCAUGGUCACAGGCUAGAUUUCAUUGACAAUCAUCCAACUACACUGUGUCUCUGAACACCCUGCAAUGAUUAUUGAUAAACAUUUCCAAUUAAAGUUCAUGUAUUUUGUUCAAUA